UAAUAGGUUAUGCAAAGAAUAGGGGACAAGCAGAUAUCCCAAGAAAAUUUAGAUCUAUGGAAAAAAAUCAAGAGCGAGUCAAAGAAUUACUAACCUGGGUACAGAAUGCUAUAUAUUCUGGUCGAAUGGGUAAUUCAGGUAAGCCAGGGGUUAAAUGGUUUAAUAAAUUCUUAAAAGAUUAUGAUUUAAUUCCUAAAUACUUACGAAAAAUGGGUGCAGUUUAUGCUGUCGUAGUACAUAAAGCCAAGAAUAUGGCCCAUGCCUAUACAAUCGCUGGAGAAGCCUUACGUCAUUCGAGUGAUAACCAUACUUCUCCAGUACAAAACUACGUUGUAGUAAAUUAUCUAAAAUCUUCAUCACUAGAUGAUUCAGAACUAGACCCAGACUCAGAUGUGCAUGUUGUCUCAGAUGCUGCAUCAUUAAAAAUUAACUUUUUUCUUUUAGCCUUACAUGAAGAUCCAUCCAACCCUACCCUAUCUAAAAAACGUGUUAAUGAACCUACCUCAUCAGAUAAAUCACCUAAUAAGAAAACAAAGCAGGCUAAGAAAGAAUCACAUGUAUUGAAAGAGCUUAUAAAAGAAUUAUCUUCUAAGGAUCCA